AUGAGCAUUUUUCAGGCUGAAUGGAUAAAGCAAAAUCUACCCCGACACCUUCAGCAGGUACAGGAAUGGCUGUGCUUGAACUGCCAGACCCAAAGGGCAAUGUCAGGACAGCUUGGAGAUAUGGGCAAGGUGCCACUUCUGAAAACAGGUCCUUCACAACCAACAUCCAAACCACCUGCUCCUCCUCAGAAACGGCCUGUGCCUGCUGUCUCCCCUUCCCCUCAGAAGACUUCCACACCGCCCACUCCAGCAGCAGCAAAGCCAAAAGAAGAACCAGGCGUUCAGAAGGAAGCUCCAAAACUUCAGCCGGGGAGAUUGGAGAAAACAUUGUCAGCUGAUAAAAUCCAGCAAGGAAUUCAAAAGGAAGAUGCAAAAGCUAAACAGGGAAAACUUGUCAAGACACCCUCAGCUGAUAAAAUCCAACAUGCUUCUCAAAAGGAAGACCCAAGGAUUCAGCAAACAAAAUUGACAAAGACAGCCUCCUAUGACAGAGUUUUGCAGGAAGUUCAGAAGGAGGAUGGAAAACUUCAAGAAGCAAAGCUGGCAAAAACAUCCUCCGCUGAUAAAAUUUUGCAGAGAGCUCAGAAGGAAGACAUAAAACUCCAAGAGGCAAAAUUGGCAAAGGUACCCUCAGCUGACAAAAUUUUACAGGGAAUUCAGAAAGAAGACCCAAAACUCCAACAGAUGAAAAUGGCAAAGGCACUGUCAGCUGACAAAAUCCAACCUGCAGCUCAGAGGGAAGAAGCAAAACUUCAGGAGGUAAAAUUGCCAAAGGCAGCUUCAGUUGAUAAAAUUCAACAUGGAAUUCAGAAAGAUAUAAAACUUCAACAUGAAAAAAUUAAGAAAACUUCAUCGGUGGAUAAAAUCCAAGAGGAAGGUCAAAAAGAAGAAACAAAACUUCAGCGAGGGAAACUCUCUAAGACACCUUCAGCAGAUAAAAUUUCUGCAACAACAACUGCAGACCAAAAGACACCCCUAAGCACAUUGGAAGAAGAUAAAGAAACUGUGCUCCCAGAAAAGAGCACACCACAUCCAGAAGACAAAAAGGAAGAAAUUACACCUGAAAUUAAAGACCAUGUUGCUGAAGAGAAAGCAGAAGUUGAAGCACCUUAUAAGGGACUGCAGGCUAAGGAGCAAGAAGAUGUUAAGAAAGAGGAUUUGACAACUGGGAUUUCACAAGAGGUUUUGAAAGCUGAAAAAGCUCAGGAAGCAGAAAUUCCUGUUCAAACAGCACCUUUGUCAGGAGCCGACCACGUGGAAGCAGUACGAGAAAAAAUAGAAAAGGAGGAUGACAAAUCAGACACAUCAAGCUCUCAGCAGCAGAAAAGUCCACAAGGUCUGAGUGACACCGGGUAUUCUUCUGACGGGAUAUCAAGUUCACUUGGUGAAAUUCCAAGUCAUAUCCCCACUGAUGAAAAGGAUUUACUCAAAGAAAUUAGUAAGAAAGACACCAUUUCACAAGAAAGUCCACCAAGCCCCUCAGAUCUAGCUAAAUUGGAAAGUACUGUACUCUCAAUUUUAGAAGCUCAGGCAAGCACUCUUUCUGAUGAAAAAUCUGCAAAAAGCAAAGAGCUUUCUGAAACAUAUGGUGAACAGACAAAGGAUCAACUUAAAACAAAGCCUUUGCCCGUCACUCCAGAGUCUUACAGUUCCGAUGAGGAAGACUUAAAAGCUAUCAAAGAAGGUGAAGGAACCAUUGUAGAGGAGGGCAAAGGAACUGCCUACUCCCAGGCAGACUACAAGGAAGAACAAGAAGGAGAUGACAUAUCAGCAAGAAGACAACAACGCUAUGACUCUGUGGAGGACAGCAGUGAGAGUGAAAACUCACCUGUCCCAAGGAGAAAAAGAAGAACUAGUGUUGGUUCUUCAAGCAGUGAUGAGUACAAACGCGAUGACAGCCAGGGGUCAGGUGAUGAGGAAGACUUCAUUAGAAAACAGAUUAUAGAGAUGAGUGCUGAUGAAGAUGCUUCAGGUUCUGAAGAUGAUGAAUUCAUUAGAAAUCAACUCAAAGAGAUCAGUGCAGCUGAAAGCCAAAAGAAAGAAGAAGUCAAAAGCAAAGCCAAAGGAACAGCUGGAAAACACAGAAGAAUGGCACGGAAAAGCAGUGCAGGCUAUGAUGAGGAUGCAGGAAGAAGACAUUCAUGGCAUGAUGACGAUGAUGAGACUUUUGAUGAAAGCCCAGAGCCAAAAUACAGGGAAAGUAAAAGUCAAGACAGUGAAGAACUUGCAGUAUCUGGAGGAGGAGGCCUUCGACGUUUCAAAACAAUAGAACUAAAUAGUACAAUAACAAGCAAAUAUUCUGAAGUAUCUGAACCACAAAAAGGUAUUUUAUAUUUUGAUGAAGAGCCUGAGCUAGAGAUGGAGAGUCUUACAGAUUCACCAGAAGAUAGAUCUAGAGGAGAAGGAUCUUCUAGUUUACAUGCUUCUAGUUUCACACCAGGUACAUCUCCUACUUCCGUGUCAUCACUUGACGAAGACAGUGACAGUAGUCCUAGUCACAAAAAACUGGGAGGGGAGAGCAAACAACAGCGCAAAGCAAGGCAUCGGACACAUGGUCCUCUUCUUCCCACUAUUGAAGAUUCUUCAGAAGAAGAAGAACUACGGGAAGAGGAAGAACUGCUAAAGGAACAAGAGAAACAACGUGAAUUAGAACAGCAACAAAGAAAAAGUUCUAGCAAAAAAUCUAAAAAGGACAAGGAUGAGCUCAGAGCCCAGAGAAGAAGGGAGCGUCCAAAGACUCCACCAAGUAAUCUUUCUCCCAUUGAAGAUGCAUCUCCAACAGAAGAACUACGACAGGCUGCAGAGAUGGAAGAGCUGCACAGAUCUUCUUGUUCUGAAUAUUCACCCAGCAUUGAGUCAGAACCUGAAGGUUUUGAAAUCAGCCCAGAAAAAAUAAUAGAAGUGCAAAAAGUUUACAAAUUGCCUACUGCUGUCUCUCUGUACUCACCAACAGAUGAACAACCAACUGGACUCCCAAAGGAAGAAAGUGGCCAAAAGACAUUGAAAAGUGCUGAAGAGGUAUAUGAGGAGAUGAUGCAUAAGUCCAAAUCAUUUCAAAUGUCAAAUGAAAAAGAUGAUGUAUUUGAAAAAGAAUCUUUAUAUGGUGGAAUGCUAAUAGAGGAUUAUAUUUAUGAAUCUUUAGUAGAGGAUACUUACAAUGGAACUAUUGAUACUGGUCUUGUUAUGAGACAAGAUGAGAGCAGUGAAUAUAUACAACAGAGAGGAAAAGAGAAAAAACCUAAAACUUCAGAACAGGUCUAUGAUGAACCUCAGAAAAUUAGUGAUCUAGAGAAAGACUACUAUAGUGUUGAGACUUUGCAUACUAUUGUGCCUCAAGAAGAUAUUGUUUCUAGUUCUUACAUUAUCCCAGAAAGUCAUGAAAUAGUUGUAUUAGACAGCACAGUAACUUCCACCAUGGAGGAAAAGCAUUUGUUAGAUGCAGAAGCUGCUUAUGAAGAGCUUAUGAAAAGGCAGAAAAUGCAGCUAACCCCAGGGUCUAGUCCAACACAACCAGCUUCAGAUUUCAUUCCCGCAUCUGAUACAAAGGUAUCUGGUGGUGGAGAAAUAGUGGAUAGUACAUCUUUAACAUCAAGCACUACUUCAGCAAUCUCAGACGUAUCACCUGUCAGUAGCACAACACUUUCUAUCCCAGAUGUUAAAAUAACACAGCAUUUUACAGCAGAGGAAAUUGAAGAUGAAUACUUAACAGAUUAUGCUAGAGAAAUUCAAGAAAUAAUUUCUCAUGAAACAUCAAUAUUGACAUACUCUGAGACAUCGGAAGGUGCUGCAUCAGUUUUACCUUCUGAUACAGCUUCCUUAACAUCAUCUACAUCUUCAGUUUCUACCACAGAUAGUUCCUCACCCAUAGAUAGUGCAACCACAGGUUUUGUAGGUCCAGCAGACAGUGUAAGUAAACCAGCAGAUUCUGAAGGUGUCAGGAUAGUAACACAGGUUCCCUUAACAUCUGCAAAAGAGUACUCUGAAGUGAGCAUGUCUUUUGAAUCUAUUGUUGGAGCCACUAAAAAACCAUCUCUUGAAUCAGAUGCAGAGAGUGUGAAGCAAACUGCAGUUUGUUUGCCUGAAACUGCACCUUUAGUGGUGGAAACUGCAGUUACAAAAUCCAAGGAAUAUGCAGCUGACAUCAUUACCUUUGAUACCUCCAAAGCAGAGAAGGAAGAAGCUAGAAAAAUUAAAAGUACGGUAGAGGCUGGCAGUGUCAAAAUUCAUCGUGAAGAGCCACACAAAGAAUUGAGUGUUGAUAUGACAAGGAUUGAUUUGACUAAUGCUGCAUCUGAGCAACCGCCUAUAUGUAUAGCACCAGUAUCAGUACCAGUUACAGAGCCUGCAUCUGAAACAUCUUCUGUACUCACUCACAGUGUUGUAAGUAAGACCAGCAUGGUCUCUGUGCCUUCCUCAGCUCCUGCUGUUUCAGCCAAAGUAUUCUCUCUUUUUAGAAGUUCUUCUUUGGAUUCUCCUCCUCGUCCUUCUCCACCCCCACCUCCUCCUCCUCCACCACCUCCUCCACCACCAUUACCACCACCACCUAUUUUACCCAAGCCAGCCAUUUAUCCCAAAAGGAAGUCACAGAUUAAGGCUCCAGCAGCAACAGCUCCCACAGCAGUUCCUCCAGUCACAAGUGUUCCAACACUAGAGUCCACAGCUGUAUUAAAGGAUCAUGUGGUACCUAUCACUAAAAUAUACACCCCAACACCACCUCCUGUACCACCCAAACCAUCCUCCAUUCCAGCAGGGCUUGUUUUCAGUCACAGGCCACCUGAAGUAACUAAACCUCCAAUUGCUCCUAAACCAGCAAUUCCUCCACUCCCAAUAGCUGUUCAUAAGCCAGCAGAAACACAGCCCAAACCAGUAAGCUUGGCAUUGACUUCAAGUAUGACUCUGAAUUUGGUGUCCACAGCUGAAUACAAAAUACCAUCUCCCACUUCCCCUUUGUCUCCACACUCUAACAAAUCUUCACCAAGGUUGGCAAAACCCUCACAGGAAACCUAUGUUGUCAUCACUUUGCCAUCUGAGCCUGGAACUCCCACUGAAGCUAUAACUAGCCAGGCUGUUACCAGCUGGCCUUUAGAAGCACCUUCUAAAGAACAGAUUCCCCCACCUAUGCAACCAGUUUUUACUACAUCCAUGAAAACUAUGGAUAUUCAAAGUAUGGCAGGUCAGAGUAUGUACAUUUCAGGUGCACUGCAAGCUAUUCCUGUGACAACACAAUCAACUUUUGAAAAAAUACCUAGUUCAAAACCAGAAGUAGUAACAACAGACAUAACCAAGACCACAGUGUCUGUGGUUAAGGGUCCAGUGCCUGGUUAUGGUUUAGGUAGUGUUGCUAUUACUAUACCUCCAGAGCCACUACAUAUUGUAGACCAACCCAGAUACAGAGAGAAUGGAAGAUUCCAUCCUUUGGGCGAUGUCAUCGAUCUUCGCACUUUAACUAAGAUGGACAUUGAAAUGAGGGACAGCUGUAUGGAUCUCUCUGCUGUUCCCAUGGAUGUAAGAAGGCAAAUGCCAGCAAGUGACACAGGUGGAAGGCCAGUAAGUACUGUCCAGCCAUCCAUAAUAAAUCUUAGCACUGCAUGUGUUGCUGAUACCUCUCUGCCUGCAGUCACUGAGACAGUGACUGUAAUGACUUGCACUGCCACUGUGAGCUACACCACCAGCACAGACAGCCUUGUGGAUCUGGGGCACGCGAUGACAACGCCACUGCAGCUAACAACAUCAAAACACUUUGAGCCUGCAUACAGAGUAACAGGCAGCCAGGCCUUCUCUGUAGGUAGAGAUGAAGUGCCAAUAAAUUUAUCACUAGGUACUUCAACACAAGCAGUGACAUGGGCUACUACAAAGCCUGUUACUGUACCACCUGUUGGGGUUACAAAUGGUUGGACUGAUCUCUCCACUUCUCAGGAGCCAGCAGAGAGUGGGGCCGUUGACCUUAGCACUACAAAAUCCCACAGAACAGUAGUAACAAUGGAUGAAACUGCUUCAGGUAUCAUAACAACAGUAAUAGAAGAUGAUGAAAAGCCUGUAGAUCUGACUGCAGGGAGAAGAGCUGUCUGCUGUGAUAUGGUUUAUAAAUUGCCAUUUGGUAGGAGCUGUACAGCACAGCAGCCUUCUACUACACUUCCUGAAGAUCGCUUUGGCUACAGAGAUGACCAUUAUCAGUAUGAUCGUUCAGGGUCGUAUGGUUACCGAGGAAUUGGAGGUAUGAAACCAUCUAUGUCUGACACAAAUUUAUCAGAAGCUGGACUAUUUGCAUACAGAAGCAAGAAUAGCUUUGAUUAUCGAGUUGGGGCAACUGAUACAGCAGUAGAUCUUACUUCUGGAAGAGUAACUACAGGUCAGUAUGACACAGCAGCAGAUCUUUCUUUGAAAUAUAAUUUUGAUGUUCCUCACCUCAUUUCAGGAUAAUUUUUUAU